AAUAAGAGAAAUCUAGCGAAAGUAUAAUUUUUAAUAUUUAUGAAUAAUCAAACUUUUGAAAACCAUGAAAUUCAACUCGACGGACGACAAAUCACACAGCAUUCGAGCCGAUGUUAAACAAACCAGAAAAAGAAAAGUUAAAGUGGAGGAAGAAGAUGACGGUAAGACGCUGGAUGACGGUAUUGAAGCAGUUAAUAACUGUAACGAUGCGAACACGACCGAACAAGUUUUAUCGAGUAAACAAAAUGGGAUAACAAAAAAACGGAAAAAAGGGCACAAGACAAAUUCAUCUAUAAAUGAUUUAAAUAGUAGCAAACAUGUCGAAGAAUCUACUAGCAAAGUAUGUACAGAAAAUAAUAACAAGGAUGAGGAAGAUUCCGGUGAUGAGAAAAAUAUAAAUGUACAAGCAGAGGAAUUAGAUGGGAAGUCCUUAAGAGCUAAUUUAAAUUCUGCUAACGGUUUAGAAAUGCUAAGAAAAUUUGUAAAAAUUUGUAAUAAUAGUACAGAAAGAGAUUUAGCAGCGGAAUAUUUAGAUUCGGGCGGUAACAUCCUCGAGAUAUUAAGAUUAUUAGAUACAGAAGAUAAAAAAAGUAUUACUGCUAUCAUAACUGUUUUUGCUGCAGUAAGGAUAUUGUUAAUAAAAGUUUUAACACAAUAUCCAGAAAACCAGUACAAUUUGGUGGGAGAAUGUAGACAUUUAAUUAAUUCUCACUUAUCGCUGGUACAUUCUAUGCUUUCUGCCCAAAGUAGUGCAAAAGAGCGAAAAGUGGUUUUACAAUUGUUGGCUGCAAUAGUGUCAUUAGGUGAUAGUCUUCCACGUGAAUUGCUCGUUCAUUUAUCCUUGUUACCGGAAGUCAUUAGAUCUCUCGUACGGCACACAAAGCCUACGGACAGUCAGAACGUAAGAAAUUGUUACGUUAAUUUCAUUCUUGCUUUCUUGAUAGAAGGAAACGUAUCAACUAUUAAAACUCUCCUCGACAAGCGCAAUCUACUUUCUAGCAUAUUUUCUGACAUGAUAUAUGAUUCCAAAGACGUUAUUAGUUUAGUUAUAACCACUCUUAAAACUUACAUUCUUCAAAAUCCAAAAGUUAGCAAAACCAUGAAGUUACAUAUAUUUUCGACGUCAGUCGUUCAGAAUCUUGUACUCCUAUAUAAUUGGAAAGGUCCAAACAAUUGGCCAAAAAAUAAAAUUCAGAGCACCACAGCGAGUCCGCAAUAUCUUGAAGAAAAAGAGGUUGUAACCGAAACUGUGCACAGUUUUUUAAUUAUAUUAUUAACAUCCCAUCGAUAUGGUAUUGUUUUUCGUGAUCAUACGCUUGGUACAUCCCACAGUAAAUAUAAUCAAUUGGUACAUACAGUACUGCAAAGCUUAGAUCGACCUUGGGAGCAUGAAAAACCAUCAAAUUUAAUCGUUCAAAUAAUGGCAGCGUGUCCAGACUUAAUUAAAUCUCAGUUUAUUCUUUUGGAACCACACAUUGAACCUAGAAUAUCAAUGAAAUGGAUCGCAGCAAUAAGAUUUGUGAGAAAGAUUAUAGAGUCGAUUGAUUUAGAAACAAACAUGAAAACAUGUUCAAUGGAAUUAAGUGUAUCUCAAUUAGCCAGUGCAAUAAUGUCUUUAACAUUACCAGGAGCAAUAUUGAAACAUGCAAUUAUGCCAUCUUUAACUCACUCUGAUAUAAUAGUAAGGCAUGAGGGAGUACUCGCACUUAUAACUAUAUUCGAUCAGAUACGGAAGUAUUUACUAGUUGCAAAAGUAAACUGCAAUGAGGACCAUGUCUUUUGUGCAUUUAAAAAUAAUAUAUUAGAAUUUGUCGCUAAGAAUGUGCCCAAUUUAAAUUUAAUAUUGAAACUGUGGGACUGUAACUUUGUAUCAAGUCUAACCGAAGAUAAUAAUGUUAACAAAGAACACAUUCCAGAACCGCGAAAAUAUGAACACUUAAUAGCUAUUUUAAACUUAUUACAUAUGUAUAAUGAUAUAUGUCCAGAAUUAUUGCACACAUUAUCAGAUUUACGAUCUAGUACGUUUUUAAAUAUACUGAACGAAUUGGACAUCGCCGAGACUUUCGAAUUUAACGUUAUAAAAGUAAAAGCUAUACAAUUCUUAGUUAUUGUAAAUCCUACGGAUUUUUUACCACAAAAGAAAAUAUUUAGCGAUGUACUUUCAUUUUUAUUAUCUCUUUUAAACAAAGAAGUAUCCACGAUUUCAUCGUGUAUAGAGAUAACAAUAAAAAAUUUAUUGAAUGCCACUGGAAUGUUUGAGGGAUGCAAUGAUCAAUUGGAUAUCUGGAUCAAUGGUUUCGUGGAUUUAGAUGAAAAAGAAGAAACAAUAAAUUGGUUUAUGAAUAUUGUAAAGAAAGCUGUUAAAAAUAUUGAAAGAUAUGCGAAUGAAAUAAUUGAAAUGGAAGAAAUUAUUAAUGUAGGGAUAGUUCAGCCUAGUCAAUUGGAAGAUGUAUUUAAUGAACUGGCAGAUAAAGAUAUUAUUCAUGAAAGUUUGGAGAGAAAUGUUUUGCGUAUGCAACGCUUUACGUCGAUAUCGCCUCUCUUAUGUUGCAUGUUGCGUAAAUUGAAGAAAGAUUUACAUCCAGCAACGUUACAUUACGCAUCUUACGUAUUAAUACAUACAUUACAUUGUCAAGUUGCGCCUCAAUGUUUAAUACAUUUAACAAAAGAUAUACAAGAGUUGCCAGUAAAAAAAUAUUUACUAAGCUGGUCGGAGGGCAGUAGCCCGAUAUGUAUUGAAAACGUACCCCUUUCUAUGGCUUCAAUGUGUAAAUUGAAUCUGGCGUUGUUAAGUGAUACCAAAAUAGAGAUAAAUAAAAUAUUUAACGGUGGUAAUAUAGUUACAUUUAAGUACAGCAAUGAUACUAUCACGAUCCAUCAUUCUUUGUCAGCAUACGAAAUUAUGUAUUUGUUCAAGAUGACUAUAUUUUAUUUGACACAAUUCACCGAACGAGGCAUUUUAACGACAAUCCAAAUAGACAAUUGCAAGAUUCUUUUAAUAUCUUUAUUAUAUAUUGCAAAUGAAAGUUCAGACAGCUGUAUGCUCGUGGAAGAAUGUGCAAAGUCUGUUUUCACUCAUCCUAUCAUCUUGUAUUAUUUUUCACCGUUUCAUCAGAAAAGCAAAGAUAUUAUGAGGAGUAUGAUAACUCAUACAAUUAUUGAUAUUUGUAAUGUAAUAAUUCAUUGGCGCAAAAAAUGGAACGUUAGAAAUGUAUUAUUUCACUUCAAAAAUAAAUUGCUUAUACAGUUACAUAAAAUGAUAAAUAAAAGUCAAAGAUAUGACAAAAUAAAUAAUGUUGAAACGAUUGCAAUUCUGUUCAACGUGUUGCAACUAACAUCGCAGGAUGUUGUAUAUUUAUUAAAAAGGCUUGUGACAUUAGAGGAUACAAUGUUUGCUUGUAAGGAUGAGAGGAAUUUAUCAAUGUAUGGAUACAUAAUUCCAGAACUUUUACAACUUAUUAGCAAUAAUAAAAUUAAAUCCGAGCGCACUGCAUUGUUUGAACUAGAUGCAGCAUAUAUUAAAUGUUUAUGUUCUCAUCUACUUGUUUUAAAGUCGAAAGGGAUCAUUAAUUUUGAAAAGUGGGAAUCUGCUUUACAAGGAUAUAUUUCAAAGUAUCCAUAUAAUAUUGCUGGCAUCGAUACAGAUACUUUUUUGUCAUUGUUGUCUACAACGAUUACGGACACAACUGUGAAGCUCCUUGCGUUUUUGAUUAGUAAAAAUAUGAAAUUCAUACCAAUCUUUACAAACUAUAUGUUGACGUCCGAAAAUAUAAAGGAGAGCAAUAUUGUGUUUCCAAUAGUUGCGAGUAAUUUAAAUUUUAAAUGGAACCAAGAGUUUUUAAAAAAAUUGAAGACACAUUACGAAGCCGAUAUUUUAUCCUAUUUGAGCGAUCCCAAAAAUGUGAAAGUUUGGAUAGAGGAGAAUGUUACUGCAGUUUCCUAUUUGAUUAAAAACAUAUUCGAUUUUAAAACAUGCAGUGAAACGUGUAAUACUAUUUUACAAAUUGGCGAUAAGUUAGAUACUGUGUCUAUACAAUAUAUACAAAUUCUUGAAAGUGUUUAUAAUAAAUGUGCGAUAAAAGAUGGAGAGAAGUACAUUAAAAGUUUUAUACAAGUUCUUCUUCAUAUAAUUACUUUGACUCUAAAGAAGGAAUCCAAAAAUGUUAAGAAGCUUCUUGUUCUUUGUGAAAGAUUGAACAAUGCAGUUGAACAUUUGAAAGAUAAGAAAGAUUUUCUUUUCGAGGAAUUGAAUACUAAUCACUCAUGGUCACAGUUUACACGAUUUUCUUUGAAAUUUGGUUUUAAAGAAUUAAAGGGCAAUAAACAACCGUUGCCAAUACUAAAAACUUUAAGCACUUUAUGCGAUGUUGCAUAUAAGAAUGGUAGUGACAAUGAAUACACAAAAACUUUAUUUGAAAUGGCAACUUCUCACUCUGAGUUUCUUAAUAUAAUGUUGGAAUCAUCCGAUAUAAAAAGCGAUCUUGUAAAAUUAUUGUGGAUUCUUAUUCAGAAGAACAAAACAGUUAUGGCAUUGACGCAUAUCCCAGUUUACUUAGCAGCAUACAAUGCUACUUUGAGUGCAGCUGAUCAGUAUCUUUUACUUAUUUUACAGUAUUAUGAAAGUAAUAAUAUUAAUAUUUACGAAUAUCGGCCAUAUUUAUGGGGGAAUGCGGCUGCGAUACAUUAUAGCGUAAAGGGUGAAACGCAUAUGAAUUUGUGGAGGGAACCAUCUACUUCCCAAGUAUUGAAUUUAUUUGAACAAGAUGUAGUUAGCAACACUAUACAAAAUUAUCCCUUGGAUAGAGCAUUAAAAAAUAAUGAAUUACACGAAGCAAGUGGUACAUACGAUCCAGCAUUUUAUUUACCAUUAUUGUAUUUUUUAUUAUCUGAAAAUAAUGUCAUAUCCUGUCAGAAAAUUGCUCAAAGUGGUGCUCUGGGAUUAACGUUCGCUGCGUGUAGUAGUAAUCACUCUGAUGUUCGUAUGUUAGCUUACACAGUCAUUGUUAGAUAUUAUACUCAUUUGGAAGCUUCAAGUUCGAAAGGGAAGUUAUUAUGGAUGCGACUGAUAGACGCGGUUCGUUAUGGUGUUAUCUCAUUACAAUCAAAGCUUGAUGAUGUCCGUCUAAAUUCUAUAGUCUCUACAUUUCUGGCAAGAACAUCUUUAAUCGCUACGCAACCAUUGCAUCCUCUUUAUUUGCCUUUGCAAGUAUUCUUGAUGGCUAAACCCGCAUUGGAUGUAAAUACAAUACCCGAAUUGUUAAUACUCUUUCAUAGCUCCGACGUAGACCAUAAAAUGCAUAGACACUGGAUUCUGGAAAAUAUUCGCGAUGGUAUGAAAACGGAGUAUGAGAUGAAUACUGCAUUCAAGUGUGUUUUAUUUAAAAUGCUCUUGGGUUUUUAUACUUGUAAUUUGUCAGAUCCGCGCACAAAAAUACUUAUUCUGGAAGUGAUCGAUGUUGCAUUGAAAACCACCAAAGCUUCUGUGUAUCUUAUAGAGGGCUAUGGACUACUUCCAUGGUUAUUAGAAGUUGCAUAUAAUUUGCGUACACAUGAAAUUCGAUUAACAGAGCUUGUAGUGAAAAUAAUCGAUAAAAUUUUGAACACUAUAUUAAAAAUGGGAGGGGACACCGUCCAUUACAAGUUGAUGCUUUUAAAAAUUGCAUUGAGUUUAAUGUCACGUUUGUCGAAAGAUGUAAAGAUUAUCGUAUUCACGUUAUAUAUAAAUAUUUUGCAAAAGUUACUUUUAUCGAAGUACAUGAAAAUGGCCGUUACUAAAGAACACAUAAUGGAAAUUCUUGAAUUUUCUAAACAUUUCGUGGGCGAUAUAGACGAAUGCGAAGAUAUGCUACGUUUUGGUUGUGAAUAUAUAACCAAAGUAGAUUGUGUUGAAAAUGACAAUGAAAUUGAAGUGGCAAGAAACUGUUUGAGGACAAUGGUAUGGACAUGGUGCAGUCACGAAAUAAGAUAAUGUAUUUACUGAUUUUUAUAUAUUAUGUAAAUAUUGCAUCUAUGUAUAUCCUCAUGUUCUGUAAAUUAUAGUGUUUUUUUUAUUUACAUUUACGCAGUUUACAAGUUACUUUGUAAUUUAAUAAA